GCGAAAGUGGUUUUGCAGUUGGCAACUACAAAACAAGUGUCAGUUCACUGAAUGAUUCUGUCAAAGUAGGUAGCUGUUUACGUUUUUCUAUCGUUAUUUUGCGAUCGUUUUGCACAAGUUUUGUUAUAUCUUAUUGUUUUUAUGAUAACGCUUUAUCCCUACGUCUUAAUGGUGAAAAUAUAAAAGUGAUAUUUCUUUACGUUUAAUGAACAAUGUCAGAUGUCAAGAGGUGAAUAGUCUGUGUUUUGUGUUCUAACGUGUGAGUGACAGUUUUUAUAUUGUUUGGGAUUUGAAGCGAUAAACAUAUCGGUAUUACGAGGUGGGAUGACACAGUGUUUGAUUAGGUCAACACUGAAGACGUUCAGGAAAUAUUAGUUGGUGUGCUUGAUAAAAGUGCGUGGGUAUUCCUUAUGAUAAGAACUUAGCAGUUGGAACGCGAGGUUGUUAUUGUGUCGGUGGGUCGCAGAUGCGGUUGUGAUUGUGUAGUGUAGUGGUUACUGUCAUGGUGACGUUAUGGCGCGCGCUGGCGCUGCUGGCGGCGCUGCACGCGUGCGUCGCGCUCCCCGAGCCGGUGUAUCACGACCAGUUCGCGGUGCACGUGCCCGCCGGCCCGCACCACGUCGAUGACAUCGCUAGGAGGCAUGGCUUCGUCAAUCAUGGACAGAUUGGUUCCCUGAAGCACUACUACUUGCUGUCACACCAUGAAGUCCGCAAGCGAUCCACGGAGCCCAGUCACGAGCAUCAUAAAAAAUUAAACGACGAACCACAAGUCAGAUGGUUCGAACAGCAACGAGAAAAGCGACGUAUAAAGAGGGAUUAUUCCCCGUACGAUCGCGCAGCGUUCUCGCAACUGUCACGCCGGUUGCAACCCCAUCGCCCGCACUAUCGGGCACUCACCUCUUCACCAUUCUUUCCUGACCCCCUCUUCAAGGAACAAUGGUACUUGAACGGCGGUGCCAAGGAUGGUCUGGAUAUGAACGUGGCCCCUGCUUGGCAGAAGGGCUACACCGGGAAAGGAGUCGUCGUCUCCAUCCUGGACGACGGUAUACAGACCAACCAUCCGGAUUUGGCACAGAACUACGAUCCCAACGCGUCUACAGACAUCAACGGCAAUGAUGAUGAUCCUAUGCCUCAAGAUAAUGGCGACAAUAAGCAUGGCACGCGGUGUGCUGGUGAGGUUGCUGCAGUCGCCUACAACCAGUACUGCGGUGUUGGCAUUGCCUACAACGCCAGUAUUGGUGGCGUAAGGAUGUUGGACGGAGUCGUCAAUGAUGCUGUUGAAGCUAGGGCUUUAGGCCUUAACCCAGACCACAUAGAUAUUUACAGCGCUUCCUGGGGACCAGAAGAUGAUGGAAAAACCGUUGACGGACCAGGACCUCUCGCAAGAAGAGCAUUCAUCUACGGAGUCACCAGUGGUCGUCGCGGUAAAGGGUCCAUAUUUGUAUGGGCUUCAGGAAACGGUGGAAGACAUACAGACUCUUGUAAUUGUGACGGCUAUACGAACAGUAUAUUUACUUUAUCUAUUUCUAGUGCUACUCAAGGUGGUUAUAAACCUUGGUAUCUAGAAGAGUGCUCAUCUACCUUAGCUACUACUUACAGUUCGGGUACCCCAGGACAUGACAAGAGUGUUGCCACCGUUGACAUGGACGGAAGAUUACGAUCCGAUCAUAUUUGUACUGUAGAACAUACAGGUACCUCGGCCUCCGCUCCCCUUGCGGCUGGUAUUUGUGCUUUAGCUCUAGAAGCAAACCCUGAACUAACAUGGAGAGAUAUGCAAUAUUUAGUUGUAAUGACGUCACGACCCCAACCACUAGAAAAAGAAGGUGGUUGGAUCAUAAACGGAGUUAAGAGGAAAGUAAGUCACAAAUUCGGGUACGGACUAAUGGAUGCUUCUGAGAUGGUCAGCUUAGCAGAGCAAUGGGUGUCCGUACCUCCUCAACAUAUUUGUAAGUCACAAGAAAUUAACGAAGAUAAGCAGAUAGAAUCAAAAUUCGGUUACACCCUAUCUACGCAUAUGGACGUUAAUGGGUGCAGUUCUACAGUUAAUGAAGUUCGUUAUCUUGAACAUGUUCAAUGUAAAAUAUCAUUAAGGUUCUUCCCUAGAGGUAAUCUACGUAUACUUUUGACAUCUCCAAUGGGUACUGUGUCAACAUUGCUGUUCGAAAGGCCACGCGAUGUUGUGAGUUCAAACUUUGAUGACUGGCCCUUCUUGAGUGUUCACUUCUGGGGUGAACAUGCUGAAGGUAGAUGGACGCUACAAAUUGUAAAUGCUGGCAACAGACAUGUUAACCAAGCUGGCAUACUUAAAAAGUGGCAACUUAUUUUCUAUGGAACAGCAGUUGACCCAGUACGAUUAAGAUCAAAAAGGCCGUCGCCAGUAGCGCCGCCUUUUGCUUUCCCCACUGCCGCAGAUGGCUACGAAACUAUCGGGGAUUCUUUUUACAACACUGACGCGUUUGCCAACUAUCAAAACUUUCCAAAUCUAUUCGCCGCCGGGUCAGACCCGGAAAAGGCGGUAGCUCGCCUCGAUGGACAUAACGUCCCUUCUCCGCAUGGGGAGAAUGUCCUCGCUGAUAGUAAUGACAAGCGCGUCAUGCAUGACUGUGAUCCCGAAUGCGAUUCUCAAGGAUGCUAUGGAAAAGGACCAACUCAAUGUAUUGCGUGCAAGCACUACCGUCUGGACGACUCUUGUGUUUCUCGUUGCCCUCCAAGAAGUUAUGCUAACCAGGGUGGAGUUUGUUGGCCGUGUCACGAGUCUUGUGAGACUUGCGUGGGACCGGGGCAGGACUCGUGCUUGACUUGUGCACCGGCGCACUUAUUAGUCGCAGACCUUGCUGUCUGCUUGCAACAAUGUCCAGAUGGAUACUGGGAAGAUAGUGAAGCUUCCGUCUGCCGGCCAUGUGCGGCUCACUGUGCUACUUGUUCUGAACGGGCUGAUGGUUGCACGUCUUGUGAACACCAUCUCGUGCUUCAUGACGGAACCUGUAUGGCAUCGUGCCCGCCUUCUCACUAUGAGACUGAAGAUGACAUGUGCGCAAAAUGUCACGAAACAUGUGAUACUUGCCAAGGGCCCGGGGAAACGCAGUGCGUGACCUGUCACCCGUCGACGUAUGCUUUAGACGGGCGAUGUGUUUCCUCAUGUCCUCCAGCGUAUUACGCCGACAAAAAGAGGAAAGAGUGUAUGAGAUGUCCCGUUGGUUGCUUAACGUGCACGAGUGCGUUUUGCCUCUCGUGUGAACCGAACUGGGAACUUAAUAAAAAAGGAAAAUGUAUGCCUGUGGGCAGCGACAAAUGCAGUGCAGGUGAAUUUGCAGUAGAUCAGAAAUGCAAGAGAUGUAACCCGGCUUGCGAUUCGUGCUACGGAGAAAAUGAAGGACAUUGUCUGACAUGUCCGAAUCCCAAUUUACUACAGGAUUACAAGUGUGUACCAGAAUGCAGUAAAGGUUAUUACCCCGAGGCCGGUCGUUGUGCACGCUGCAUGCACGGGUGCUCGGACUGCGUGUCGCGACUGAACUGUACCUCGUGCGUAAGCGCUUUGCGUUUACAGUCCGGAGCCUGCAGGACUUCUUGUGCUGAUGGGUAUUAUGCGGACCGCGGCACGUGUUCCAAGUGCUACUUGUCUUGUCGCACGUGUAUCGGACCGAGACGAGACCAAUGCGCCUCCUGUCCCGAGGGAUGGAGGCUGGCCGCAGGGGAAUGUCACCCGGAGUGUCCACAAGGUUUUUACCAAAGCGUAGGUGGUUGCCGCCACUGUCACCACUACUGCCGCGAGUGCGAUGGCUCAGGUCCACUGCACUGCAAGUCGUGUCCGCCCCGCUUUAUGCUUGACGGUGGACUUUGUAUGGAGUGCCUUGGGUCUCAGUACUAUGACGCGACGAGUGGUACUUGUCGCGGUUGUGACUCGACUUGUCGGACCUGCUCUGGACCCGGCCAGUUCAGCUGUACCACGUGCUCCAGGCCAUUAAGACUUGACAGGUUAAACAAUCAAUGCGUGCCAUGCUGUUCAGAGCGCAGUGUAACCAACUCUACGCCACCGACAGACUGUUGCCAUUGUAAUCCUGAUACGGGCGAGUGCAUAAACUCGUCGGUGGCAGGCAAGCGCCGUAUAGCUGAGUGGGGCGCGUUGCACACCGUGCCGAGCGCUCAAUCCGCGCCCAGCGUGGCCGUUGUAACGCUCGGGGUAUGCGCGGCGGCCGUCGGCCUGUUCAUUACAGUACUGGUUGUGUUACAGGCGCAUAGUCCUCGCGAGCAGAAGACGAGGAAGACAAGUGCGCGCGGCGUGGAGUACUCCCGGCUGCCCUGCACGGACGACGUUGGCGUCACCGUGCUUACGUCAUGCACGGACCAAGAACGACCCAUCGAGUGCGAACACGAACCACUCCUCGAACAUUCCACAUAGCGCGCGCUGUGAUCCUAGAAGUAAGUUAUGACGUAACGUGUUAUCAUCUGAUACUGCAUCUACACAUUCGUGUGCGCCAAACAUUCUUAGAUUCUGGUCCUUUGAUUCGCGUUCGAAAAACCGCUGCCAUCGAGUUUGCGCGAAUCGCGAGACGAAUAGCGACGGCCAAAAACUAUUUACGUAUGUGUGUGUGUGUAUUCGUUUUUCGCCUCGCCAUCCCGAAUCUCACGAAUGUGUAAAUACGGUAUGGGAGUCAAGUGAACCCGCCCUGAGCGUAGGUAAGUCAAUAAGUGAUGUACGGUCACAACUUCCUAGUUAUUGAAAUCUUUAGUUGUUCUUAAUUACACUCCAUAGAGACAUAAGCAGUAAGUCAACUUUGCUAGUUUGUUACACUAUGAAGCCGAUACAAGUUGAACUAUUGUUAAUUUCUUUAUUGUGUCUUGAAUGAGGACCAUUAUUAAUAUUUGUGUUGGAUGUUGUUAGACACACUUUAAAAGCUUUUUAAAAGCCAACGGAAUAAAGAGUUUAGUGUACAGCGCGGACUUUUUAUCGACAUAGUCAAUACGAUGUAGUUACUUCUGUUAUAAUUAAUUUAUUUACUCGACUAUCUUUCUAUCGAUCGUUAAAAUGUCCGUGCUUACCUUGUCUUUGACAUAUGUUCUAUCGAAUACCGUGACUUUAGCGUACAUUUACCGUCUUUGCGAAAUAUUUGGCGUCUCUGCUUUGUAAAUGCAGGCACCUGCUCUCCAACAACCAGUACUCGACCAUAAUACUGACAAAGGAUAUUACCGACUAGAUCAAUUUAUCGAUACAAAUACGUAGCUAUUUAUUACGUCGUAACAAAUGGACUAUAUUAUAACGAACGCUCUGCCUGACGUGUUCUUUUCUAUAAACGAAAAUAUAACACCAAUUGUAGUUUUAAGAAUUUAAUUCGAAAUUUGUCGGUAUUAUGUAUCGAUAUAUCCAUCACGAAGUACGUAAGUCUCGUUAUUAUAAAUAACUAUGUAUGUAUGUAAUAUAGCUAGUUAUAAAAUUGUAAGUUGAACAAAGAAGUUCGUGUAGCGAUGGUUUCGACGCCACACUUUUACCAUUGUGAUACUUGGACGAUGAUGUCAGGUGUUCCUUCAACAUUAUCUCGGAAGUUUGCUAAAGAAUCGAUUUCAUAUCAAUCAUUCAAUACCCAAACAUAUAUGACAUCUUUUGCAAACGUCGAGAAAAUAUAAUAAUCGAUAAUGAAUCGAUUAAGACUAGAAUAGAUUUAAACUAAGUUUCGUUACUAUGUUAAAGGAACACAAGUCUUAUAUUAGAGGUUCCAUGUUUGCCGGUACAUCUUGACUUAGCGCUCACUCGACUUAAUCAAACCUGCCUUUGAUGUUAGCCGCUCAGGUAAUUUGCAUUACACAUGUGUUAUCUUCCCUCUCUGUCGUGCAAACAACACUACGUCAAUAACAUCUCGGACGUUUCAUUGUUUAAUACGCAACGACAUUACUUGGACGUCUUAAUUGCAUUAUUGUUUAAUUUAAUUCAUUGUUCACCAAUAACUGUUUUGGUAACACUGACCAUAGAAUUUCUUUUAAUAGGCACUUAUGCAAAAUAAGCACCUAAAACAUUACCAAUAGAGUCUUUAUUGCUGUUACCAAAAGAGCUUAGUAUACAGCAUGAUUCAAAAUGUGUGCAUGAAUAUUAACAUCCAUAAACCUGGUUAUCGGUAAACAUGUUUCCAUGGAAAGUCAUUGAAAUAAGCCAUAAGCCAUGCCACAAUACACUGUAACGUAAUUAUGAAUCUGGUUGAAGAUCUGAGGAGCUCUCUUAGUAUGGCGCUACAACCUUAAUUGUAAUUAAACGUAUUUUAAUUGUAAUAUUAGUUCAUAGGCCCAAAGUUACCAAUAGUGUUUUAAAAAUUGUACAAUUAUUAAUUUUGAACAUUUUCAAGUUGACGUUGACGAAGAAUAUAGUUUAAAAAAUGUUGAUUCUACUAGACAAUUAUUUACAUAGUCCUAAAAUAUGCCUUGACUCGUCAUAAUUUUAACUUUAUUUUAUAAGUAGUAAAGCUUCUUAGUUUAUAAUUUGUAAUUAGUAAAAAAUAAUCAUUCAUUUAUUUCUGCCGACUAGGUAUAUUUUUAGAAUUUAGAUUUUUAUAUUUAAUGAUAAAUAAAAUAAUUAUUGUAAUACAAUAUUGUCACAAAUUUCAAUCUCAAUUUGUAUAAAGUCUCAAAAUUUAUAUGUUUUUAUAUGACAGCAUGUUGAUAACUAUAAAAUAUGUGAUAUGAUACUGUAGGAAGGUUAAUCGCAAUGUUAGCGUCCGUCGGAUGACGGCCAUAGAGAAAUUAUUCAAGUCAAAGAUAUAAUGUUACCAUUUUCCAUCACAACUGUAUAUAAAGUUAGCUAGAUUGUUGAAUUGUUAUUAAAAAUAAAGAAGAAUAUUGUCGAUAAAUUCUAAUCGUAUUUUAAUGAAUAAAUGUCUCCAUUUUACUUUGGCUUGAAGUUUGGUCAAUUAAAGUGUACUCGGAAAUAAGUUAUUAGGAAACAAAUUUUAUAAUUAAACAAAUAUUACUUAUAAUUUCUGUUUUAUAAUUAGGGAAACUUCUUGACAUCUGAUUUGAUAAAAUAUUUUUGCAUUUCCACUAAUGAUUGCGCAUAUAAUCAAAAUUUUCUAAUUAUUGUAUUUAUGUAAUAUCGAUCUAUAUUGCGGUUUUCUAGUUUGUUUUAGUGGGAAUCUUUUUAAUUAAGAAUAUAUUUUUGUAUGAAAUGUUCUUAUGUGCAAUUAAUAUUUGUAAUAAAAAGGAAGUCUGUGUCAACGAAAAAUUGUUUUUAUUUUUUACCCCUAACGAUUAAUAUUGGAAAACAC